GCCGGGUCUUCCGAGUGGCCAAGCUACUGCCGGGUCCCGAGAAGCCCGCGAACCGGCGAGCCCGCGCCGUCAAUUCCGCGGGUGGCUUUCGCGUCUUCCGCCUUCGUGGAUUGCUGAGAGCAACCAUGUUCAACCAACAAUUCCAGCAGCAGCAACAGUUGCAGCAGCUGCAGCAGCAGCAGCUCCAGCAGCAGCAGUUGCAACAGCAGCAGCAGUUACUGCAGCUCCAGCAGCUGCUGCAGCAGUCCCCACCGCAGGCCCCCUUGCCCAUGCCUGUCAGCCGGGGCCUCCCCCAGCAGUCGUCCCCGCAACAGCUUCUGAAUCUCCAGGGCACCCACUCGGCCUCCCUGCUCAAUGGCUCCAUGCUGCAGAGAGCUUUGCUGCUUCAGCAGCUGCAAGGAUUGGACCAGUUUGCAAUGCCACCAGCCGCGUAUGACAGUGCCGGCCUCACCAUGCCCACGGCAGCAUUGGGCAACCUCCGUGCUUAUAACAUGACGGCCCCCAGCCUACCAGCACCCAGCCUUACACCUCCCCAGAUGGUCACCCCAAAUCUGCAACAGUUCUUUCCACAGGCCACACGCCAGUCCCUGCUGGGCCCUCCUCCUGUUGGGGUCCCAAUGAACCCUUCUCAGCUCAGCCACUCGGGGAGGUUCUCCCAGAAACAGGCAAGAACUCCUUCCACCACCCCCAAUCACAAGGAUUCUUCUUCCCAGACAGUGCCUCUGGGAGACAGGGAGGACCCCACAGAGGGGUCUGAAGUGGCCGCGGAGCUCCAGAUGGACACACCUAAAGACCAAGAUUUGCUAGUCUGCCCAGACGACAUGGAGACCCCAGUGCUUGACCCUGAGCCCUUUGAGGCAUCAGAACCACCAGCCAAGAGGCCUAAGAGCUCAGAGGAAGCCACAGAGAAAGGGCCUAAAGGGCAGCCACAAGCAAAGGUCCAGCCUCAGACCCAGAUGACAGCACCGAAGCAGACACAGACCCCAGAUCAGCUGCCUGAGCCACCAGGAGCCCAAGUCCUGACACAUUUGCAGCCCCAGGUUCUGCAGCAUCAGGCCCAGGUGCAGCCAAGGCUGCAGAAGCAAGCGCAGACCCAGACCUCUCCAGAGCACUUAGCACCACAGCAGAACCAGGUAUCCGCCCAAGCACAGCCACAGGAGCAGCCUUUGGGACAAAUGCAGGAACAGACAUCAGAGAAGACCCAGGAUGGGCCUCAGACCUGGCCACAGGGGUCAGCACCCCCACCAGUGCAAGCAUCAGUUGUGGCCUAUGCCACAGAACCGCAGCCAUCAUCUGGUGCUACAGAAGCUAGGGGAGGCCCAGAGGAGGCUUUGCCAGAACCAGUAGGUACCCAGGACAGUGAAGACACGAGCCAGGAGGCAUCACCUGGUGACCUGGAUGUGGAAGAGUGUGAAAAAAGAGCAAGAGAGAUGCUUGGGGUGUGGGGGGCUGGGGGCUCCCUGAAGGUCACCAUCCUGCAGAGCAGUGACAGCCGGGCUUUCAACACCACGCCCCUCACAUCUGGACUUCGCCCUGGGGACUCCACAUCUGCCGCCCCUGUCCUUGCCAGCAUACCUUCCAAGCAGACCCUCCAAUUCUUCUGCUAUAUCUGCAAGACCAGCUGCAACAGCCAGCAGGAGUUCCAGAACCACCUGUCAGAGGAUCAGCACCAGCAGCGGCUUGGGGAAAUGCAGCACUCGAGCCAGACCUGCCUGCUGUCCCUGCUGCCCAUGCCUCGGGACAUCCUGGAGAGAGAGGCGGAAGAUCCUCCACCAAAACGCUGGUGCAACACCUGCCAGGUGUACUACAUGGGAGACCUGAUCCAGCACCGCCGGACACAGGAGCACAAGAUCGCCAAACAAUCCCUGAGGCCCUUCUGCACCAUCUGCAGCCGUUAUUUCAAGACCCCUCGAAAGUUUGUGGAACAUGUGAAGUCCCAGGGACAUAAAGACAAGGCCAAGGAGCUGAAGACACUUGAAAAGGAGAUAGUGAACCCAGAGGAGGAACACUUCAUCACAGUGGAUGCCGUUGGUUGUUUCGAGAGUGAUCAAGAAGAGGACGAGGAUGAUGAGGAAGAGGAAGAGAUUGAGGCUGAGGAGGAAUUCUGCAAGCAGGUGAGGUCAGGAGAGAAAUCCUUGGAGGAGCGGGAAGGCUCGGAGACGUACAGCCCCAGCACCGCGUACGGUGUGGACUUCCUGGUGCCCGCGAUGGGCUAUGUCUGCCGCAUCUGUCACAAGUUCUACGACACUAACUCAGGAUUGCGGCUCUCCCACUGCAAGUCCCUGGCCCACUUUGAGAACCUGCAGAAAUACAAAGCAGCCAAGAACCCCAGCCCUGCCAGCCGGCCCGUGAGCCGCAGGUGUGCGAUCAACGCCCGCAAUGCCCUGACUGCACUGUUCACCUCUAGCAGUAGCAAUGGCCGCCCUCCCAGCCAGCCCAGCCAGCCCAGCUCCCAGGACACAACAAAAGUACCCAGCAAGGUGAAGCCUGGAUCCCCCAAGCCCCCUCUUUCCCUUCGGCGCUCAGCUCGCCUCAAAACCUGAUAGAGGGAGCUCCGGCCAGCCAGCCUGACUAGGGCCUGGCCUACUAAUGUUUUCUAGGUACUGCGUGGAGAUAUUCACGUGGUUGAUGUCAUUACUCAAAAUCUAAUAAAGAGUUG